AUGGCGGCGGCCGCGCCGAGGGCCCCGGCCGAGGGCGGCGUGACCUUCGAGGACGUGGCCGUCUGCUUCUCCCGGGAGGAGUGGGGGCUCCUGGACGAGGCCCAGCGGCGCCUGUACCGGGACGUGAUGCUGGAGACCUUGGCCCUUGUGGCCUCUCUGGGUGGUCGCCAGGAGGUGGAGAGCGAGGAGGCUCCUUUCCAGCAGAGUGUUUCUGUACAAGGACUGUCGCAGGCCUGGGCUCCCGAGGCGUGUCUGUCUGCCAGGAAGUCCCUCCCCUGUGAGGUGGGCGGCCUGAGACCGACCGACGUUUGGCCCCGGGUUGAGCACCAGAGGACCCCUUGUAAGCAGAAACUUCUCCGCUGUUGGGCUUGUGGGAAGCAGCUGUGUGUCAGCCCGGACCUUCAGCAGAAGCCGUGCCCUGGGCCGAAGGCCUUCAGAGGCGGCGCGGACGGAGCUUCGUCGGUGAGGAGCCGCACACGCCUGGUGUCGGGAAGGCCGUUUGGCCUCAGCGUGGGUGGGAAGGAUGUUCUGGCCGGGUCGGAGUUUGCCCAGCAGCAGGCCGCUCAUCCCAGGGAGAAGGCCGACCGUGGGACUGAGUACGGGGCGGCCUUUCACAGAGAAAUAACCCUUAGCAGCUGGGAGGACUCCGUGAACGCCUUCGACUGCGACCAGAGGCUUGUUCAGCACCAGAGUCUCCUCGGCAGUGAAAGUUGUUUUAUGUGCAAUGAAUGUGGGGGCUCCUUCAGCAGCGACUGCAGCCUCAGUCAGUAUCAGAAAGCCCUCGCUGGAGAAAAGCCUUUUGUGGCUGAAGACUGUGGAACAUUACUUAGAAAGACCAGCGGUGUUGAACGCCCGAGAGGAAACAGCAGGGAGAGACCGUACACUUGCGUGGAGUGCGGGAAGUCGUUCACCAGGAGCUCCAACCUCAUGACACACCGCAGAGUGCACACGGGGGAGAGACCUUACGACUGCGGGGAGUGCGGGAAGUCGUUCAGUCGCAAGUCCAACCUCAUCGUGCACCACAGAGUUCACACCAGAGAAAAACCGUAUGAGUGCAGCGAGUGCGGGAAAGCAUUUUGCCAGCGCUCUACCUUAAUUCAGCACUGUAGAAUUCACACUGGAGAGAGGCCUUACGAUUGCGGCGAGUGUGGAAAGUCUUUCACGCGGUACUCCGCGUUCCGGCAGCAUCAGCGGCGUCACACUGGAUUAAGGCCCUACGAGUGCACGGAGUGUGGGAAGUCCUUUGCCGAGAACUCCAGGCUCAUUAAACACACGAGGAUUCACACUGGAGAUCGGCCUUACAAGUGCGGUGAGUGCGGCAGGAGUUUUUGCCAAAGAUCUUCGCUCCUUCGACAUCAGACGGUUCACACUGGAGAAAGGCCUUAUAAGUGUGGGGUUUGUGGGAAAUCCUUUGGCCAGAAACCCAACCUCAUUCAACACUGGACUGUGCAUAGCACAGAGAGACCUUUUAAAUGUGGGGAAUGUGGGAAAUCCUUCAGGCGGAAGUCCGAGCUCUUUGAACACCGAAAAGUGCACACUGGAGAAAAGCCGUACGAGUGUGGGGAAUGCGGGAAGUCCUUCAGCCAGAAGUCCAACCUCAACAUACACCAGAUAGUGCACACCCGGGAAAGGCCGUACAAGUGCAGCGAGUGCGGGAAAUCGUUUAGCCAGAACUCCACUCUCGUGAAACACCGGCGCAUCCACACUGGCGAGAGGCCUUACGAGUGCGGCGAGUGCGGGAAGACGUUUAACCAGAGUUCUGCUCUCCGGCAGCAUCAGCGACGCCAUUCUGGAAUAAGGCCGCACGAGUGUGCGGAAUGUGGGAAGUCCUUUGCGGAGAACUCCAGGCUCAUCAAGCACCGAAGGGUGCACACGGGAGAGAGGCCUUAUGAGUGCGGUGAAUGCGGGAAGGCCUUUGCCGACAACUCCAAUUUCAUCCUGCACAGGCGCGUCCACACCGGAGAGAGGCCCUAUGAGUGCGGCGAGUGUGGGAAAGCCUUUAACCAGAGUUCCGCGCUCCUCCAACAUCAGAGAGUCCACAGUGGGGAACGCCCUCAUACGUGUGGGAAAUGUGGGAAGUCCUUUGCUAAAAAGUCCAGUCUUAAUAAACACAGGAGCCUUCACACUGUGGAAAGCGCUUGAAGUCUGGCCCAGGCCCGACAUCCUUUCCUCACCACUC